AUGGAGCGAACUGAAGGGGUUGUCGGUUUGGAAAAUGGGAGUACGAGCGACGGGAGGCCACCAAAUCCUCUAGCCGCCAACUACAAGCAGUAUUCAAUCAGUGAUCCAGUGGCGGUGCCACAUAAGACGUCGUUGGUUCGACACGCGUCUUUUGUGAGUUUCUCUUUUUUGGUCAUGGAAUUUCUGUUCCUCACUAAUGUGUUUCAGGUAUUUGAUGGUCAUGGUGGAAAACAUGCUGCUGAUUUUGCCUCCUGCCAUUUGCCAAGGUUCAUUAUUGAGGAUGAAGAUUUUCCCGGAGAGAUUGAGAAGGUUGUUGCUUCUGCAUUUCUACAAACAGAUACUGCUUUUGCAGAGGCUUGUGCUUUGGAUGCUGCUCUUGCUUCAGGAACAACUGCUUUGGCAGCUCUUGUUGUUGGCAGGUAA